AUGGCAAUUUCAUCCCACGACGGCGUCGUCCUGGGCAUCUACAUCCUCGUCUUCCUAACUGGCCUCCCAGCCAACCUCCUGGCCUUCUACACCUUCCAAGCAAAGCUGCGCCAGACGCCGACCCCGAUCGACAUCCUCUUGUUCAACUUGACCGUGUCGGAUGUUAUCCUUCUGCUCUUCCUGCCCUUCAAGAUGGUGGAGGCGGCUUCGGGCAUGACGUGGCCUCUCCCCGAAUUCCUGUGCCCUCUUACUGGCUUCUGCUACUACAGCAGCAUCUACAUCAGCACCCUCUUCCUCACGGCAAUCAGCGUGGAGCGCUACUUGGGCGUGGCCUACCCCAUCAAGUACAAGCUGAACCGCAGGCCGAUCUAUGCAGUCAUCGCUAGCGGCUGUUUCUGGGUCCUGGCCUGCUCCCACUGCAGUAUCGUCUACAUUGUCGAAUACCAGGUCCAAGGCCCCAACGACACUCAUAUAGAGGACACCAUCUCCAAAUGCUAUGAGAAUUUCUCCCAGAAGCAGCUUAGCAUUCUCCUCCCCGUCCGGCUGGAGCUCUGCGUGACCCUCUUCUGCCUCCCUUUCCUGGUUUGCUUGUUCUGCUAUGUCAACUUGGUCCGCAUCCUGGCCUCUUUGCCCAACAUCCAGGCCCGCCGGAAGCAACGGGCCGUCGGCCUGGCUGUGGCCACUUUGCUCAACUUUGCCAUCUGCUUUGCACCCUACAACAUCUCCCACAUUGUGGGCUUCAUUCAGAACAAGAGCCCCCCCUGGAGAGUGUAUGCUUUGCUCCUCAGCACCCUCAAUGCCUCCUUGGACCCAGCGAUCUUUUACUUUUCCUCCACUGCCAUCCAGCAGACCUUAGGGGACCUCUUUGCUGGAAUCAACCGCAAGCUCCAGGCUUUCAUGCCAUGGUGUUAUCCGCUUUGUGUGCCCUGCUGUGAGCCCGAGGGAGACAAUGGGACCGAGAAGUCAUCCAUUUCCAACAUGGGAGGGCUGCCUUCUGAACGUUUUGAGAGGGGAAGGUAG